AUGGAACAAGCCAAAGGAGGAGAAGAAAAAAUAGGUAAUGAGAAGGGAGACGAUGAAAGGGGUCAUGGUGAUAUCGGAACGCCUCAGAUAUGGGAAGCAGGAAUCCAGACCGAACCCGAUGGAAAAAUGGCAGUGGGAGUAUCAACGCAAAUCAAAAGGCAAAGACAAAGGGAUGAGGGAAAGGGGGAGAGCCGCAAACAAGAACAUCAAUCAACGAAUGCAACAAAACAACCAACAGUGAGGUAUCAAAAGGGCAGACAUGAACAAAAAAGCAAAGCAGAAGCCGAAGCUGAAGAAAAGAAUAAGGGGUAA